CUUUCUUUAUAAGAAGAAAGAAGUAUUUUUUGUGAUUUAUAUUAUGACUAGUUGUGUAGUCGCUGGUUGUCGAAACAAGUACGGUGACGUUGGCAUGAUAUAAAUCACAAAAAAUACUUCUUCUUAUAAAGAAAGAGUGGCUAAUGCAGAAGUAUUUGAUGGAGAAAAAUGAACGUGCACGUUUCAUGAUAGACAGAAGAAGAAAGAGCAAGAGAACAUCAGACUAGACAAAUUUCGAAAAGGUGAAAUUUCUCAGCAAUGCAGAGGAAUUUCAAAAAUCUGGAGUUAUAGUUUUGUUGUAUGAAUCAGGGCGGUUCGAAUGGCAUAUGUCACAGGGUUGCAUCUUCUCGCAAAAACGAGAUAGCUUUUUGAAGUGAGGUGAGUCUUCUGUCAGGCUAGGUUCUAGGCUACGAGCUAGUAAAAUACAUUUUGUAAUUCCAUUUUUGAUGCCGAAUCAGAAAAAAAGUGUUUCAGAGCUUCAAACUGAAACGUAGAAAAAAUGUAGGCAUUUUUCGGAGAGGUUUUCCGGUGCGUAAGAAUGAUCACUUUAGAGAGGUUUUACAGUAUUCGAUUUCCACAUAGAAUUUCUUGGUAGAAUUUUGGAUUAUUUUAAAAUAUGACCUGAGUUUACUUUUCAAGAUGUUUUGUUUGUGUUUUAGGAAUUAAUUAUAAGCAAAUAAAACACUCAUGUUUUAAUUUAUCUAAAUUUACGUAUACGACAUCUGGAUGCUGUAAAUCAAUUAUAAAAAAGAAUAAUUGUUCAUCAUAUCGAUAUACAGCUGAAUUAAUUCCAUUAAUACAUUCCUUUGUAAAUUUAAAAGAAUUAACGUUAUAUAUAAUAGGUAUUAACAACAAUGAUAUUGAUCUAUUAAAUGGUCAUUAUAUAAAACAAAGAAUCUUAAUUAAUGAUUUUAAAUUUCAUAUUUGCUUAACGGUGGAUAAUAAUAGUGAUAUUGUUAACUCCACAAAUAAUAUUUUAUCAACAUGGGAUUCAUUUUCAAUUGUUUUACAUAAAAUAAAAGUUUUAGAGUCGUUAAGAUUUUAUUUAUUUUCAUUACCAUAUCAGUUUGAAAUGUUGCGACUAACAUCAGAUUUUCUACAAUAUAAAAGUAAUAAUAGUAAUAAUAAUAAUAAUUUAGUUGAAACUUGGAAAAAUGUAAAACAUAUUUAUUUUGAUGCUGAUUUCUCACCAUAUUCAUCAAAUAUAUUUCGCUAUAUUAAAAAUUUCUUUAUUAAUAUUAAUGAAAUAACAUUUCAUCUUGUGUUUUCGUUAGAUAAUUUUGAUUUAAAUAAUAAUAGAUCUAUAGAAGAAACAUGUGAGCGUAUUGAAAUAUUGAAUAUAAAUUAUAUAAAAAAUAAUUUAUUAUGUAAAUAUGUAAUAUUAUUAAUGCCAAAUCUUAAACAAUUAAAAUUACCAGAUUAUCAAUAUCUGUUAGAAAUAACCAAUAAUUUUCAUGAUAUUGAUUUAUUUCAAGUAUUUAAGAAAAUUAAAAUUUUAAAAUUUCUUUAUGAUGAUAAUGAAAUAGUUAAACCAAAAGAAUUUUAUGAUUAUUUAUUAGAAAUAAAAAAUCUAUAG